AUGCAGAUUUUCGUUAAGACUUUGACCGGCAAAACUAUCACUUUAGAGGUAGAAUCUUCUGACACUAUCGAUAAUGUCAAAUCGAAGAUUCAAGAUAAGGAAGGAAUCCCUCCUGACCAGCAAAGACUCAUUUUUGCUGGUAAGCAGCUAGAAGACGGUAGAACUCUGUCCGAUUACAACAUUCAGAAAGAGUCUACCUUGCACUUGGUCCUGAGAUUGAGAGGUGGUAUGCAAAUUUUCGUUAAAACCUUGACCGGAAAGACCAUCACCCUUGAGGUUGAGUCCUCUGACACUAUCGAUAAUGUCAAGUCCAAAAUUCAAGAUAAGGAAGGAAUCCCUCCUGACCAGCAAAGACUCAUUUUUGCUGGUAAGCAGCUAGAAGACGGUAGAACUCUGUCCGAUUACAACAUUCAAAAGGAGUCGACCUUGCACCUGGUUUUGAGAUUGAGAGGUGGUAUGCAAAUUUUCGUUAAAACCUUGACCGGAAAGACCAUCACCCUUGAGGUUGAGUCCUCUGACACUAUCGAUAAUGUGAAAUCUAAAAUUCAGGAUAAAGAGGGUAUCCCGCCUGAUCAACAGAGAUUGAUUUUCGCUGGUAAGCAACUCGAAGACGGCAGAACUCUGUCUGAUUACAACAUUCAGAAAGAGUCUACCUUGCACCUGGUCCUGAGAUUGAGAGGUGGUAUGCAAAUUUUCGUUAAAACCUUGACCGGAAAGACCAUCACCCUUGAGGUUGAGUCCUCUGACACUAUCGAUAAUGUCAAGUCCAAAAUUCAAGAUAAGGAAGGAAUCCCCCCUGACCAGCAAAGACUUAUUUUCGCUGGUAAGCAACUCGAAGACGGUAGAACGUUAUCCGACUAUAACAUUCAAAAGGAGUCGACCUUGCAUCUGGUUUUGAGAUUGAGAGGUGGUAUGCAAAUUUUCGUUAAAACCUUGACUGGAAAGACCAUCACCCUUGAGGUUGAGUCCUCUGACACUAUCGAUAACGUCAAGUCCAAAAUUCAGGAUAAGGAAGGAAUCCCCCCUGACCAGCAAAGACUCAUUUUUGCUGGUAAGCAGCUAGAAGACGGUAGAACUCUGUCCGAUUACAACAUUCAGAAGGAAUCUACUCUUCAUUUGGUUUUGAGACUGAGAGGUGGUUUCUGA